UAUGUCGCUCGUAACGUCAUCGUCUCGUCGGAAAAGUGAUUUUCUUGCAAAUAAUCUAUCAUUUGCGAUAAAAAGUACAGUAGGAGAUGUUAGUUACAAGAGUUAAUUGCUAGUCUUCCAUAGUAAUGUCUUUGUACGACGAUUUUGACAAGCACCGGGCGACGGAGAAGGUGGCCGGAUGGUCCUCCGGCAUCAAGCUCCUCCAAUCUCAGCUUCAGCUGAAAAAAGCUGCGACUCCUCAUGCUAAGCGUGAACAGAAUAAAAAAGCCGUGGCCAUCCUUGCACCCGUGAUCGAUCUCAAGUCCAAGACCAGAGAGGUCGAAAAAGUCGACGAUGGCGUGGGCAAGUAUUUUGGAGCAGGUAGUGGUAUUAGCAUGGAAUUCGACUGGAACGUAACAAAUGAGUACGAUCCGAUGCGGCCAAACGAUUACGAGAAAGUGGUGAAGGAGCUGCGUGAGAUCCGCGACCGGGAACACGAUCAGGAGAGCGAGAGGAAGAGGUUGAGAAGGGAAAAUCAGAGGGACUACGAGGAGAGCCAAAUGGCCAGUGUGGCUGCCACAAUGAACUCGGAGAGGGACGAGGAGCGUCCGGCAUUCAACAGAAACACUGCUGGAGGAGCUACCAUUGCUCCACCUCCUUCGCUGCAGGAGUCUUCAUCACCUGAGCCACCAACUCCACCACCACCACCACCGUCCACUGCUCUUCCAGUACCAGCUCCAAGGCAAACACUCAGUCAGGGCUAUGCAACAUCGUCGGUUGCUGCCAAGAUCAUGGCCAAGUAUGGCUUCAAAGAAGGUCAGGGGCUUGGAAAGAAGGAGCAGGGAAUGUCAGUGGCACUGCAGGUCGAGAAGACAAGUAAGAGGGGAGGCAGGAUCGUUAGCGAAAAGGAACAACUGAUGCCUCCACCAUCCUUCAAUCAGUCACCACCUUCUAAUUCGCAGUCAUCUGCACUGACUCUAGAUGAGCCUAGCAUCACUGAAAUCAUGAAGUCACCGAGCAAAGUUGUCUUACUGAGGAAUAUGGUUGGACCUGGCGAGGUAGACGAUGAUCUAGAGCCUGAGGUUAAAGAUGAGUGCAACACCAAGUAUGGGGAUGUUGGACGCGUUAUGAUUCAAGAAGUUCUCAAUGUACAGCCAGAGGAUGCUGUGAGGAUUUUUGUAGAAUUCAAAAGAAUUGAGAGUGCCAUCAAAGCUGUUGUUGAUCUAAAUGGACGGUUUUUUGGUGGAAGACAAGUGAAGGCUGGAUUUUAUUCGGUUGAGAAAUUUAAUAAGUAUCAAUUGUUGGACUAGUGUUGAAAAUUUUUUUUUUUAACUAAAGAAGAUUUCUGUGUAAAAAUUUUUCAGUGGAACCAUUGAUAUUUCGUACGUUACUUUAGGAUUUUGAGGCUCACUCAAAAAAACUGCACUCUAUUCUAAGUCUACUUGUAUAAGCUGUAUAUAAAAAUUGUGUAAUAAUAAAACAAUCUUUUUUUAAGAA